AUGUCGGUCGUCAGUCAGGUUGUAAGCAGCCUUACGGGCUUACACCCUGAGUAUGACCUCGUGGUAGUCGGGAGUGGAUUUGCUGGGUCCAUGACCACAUUGAACUUCCUCGAGGAAUGCAAAAAGCUCGGCAAAAGGGGUAGAGUUGCUCUGAUCGAGGCCGGCAAAGAAGGCGAACGAUGCGGUGCAAGCAGAUGGACAAUGGCAUACCUGAGGCUGGACAAAGACAACAACUUUGAUUCCGAUUGGAAGCAUGAAAUGAAGGUCAGUCAACGAUCCGAGCUGCAGGCCUUCGAUACUAACAAGAUCAGCGAGGGGCUGGCUGAUCUGGAAUAUUGCGCAAAAAUGGAGAAAGAAGUUCCCAUAACUGCCCAGUAUCUGCUUGACCAUGGAGUGAAACUCAAUCACCAUGAUGAGAAGAAUGUUCUGCUCGAGUUCAAUACCAACCAGCACUUCGUAUUCCCGGAGGGAGGCGGGCAUGCCAUCAUCAAUGCUCUAUUUGAUCAUAUCCGCAAAUUCGACAAUGUAACAGUAAUGUGGGAGACUCAAGCAGAAAAGUUGCUGACCCACGAUGACGGAACUGUCUGCGGUGUCAAAGUUCGAAAGGCAGAUGGACACAUGACAAAGGUCCAUGGAAAGAAAGUAAUGCUGGCUUGCGGCGGCUUCGAAGGUAACCGUGAAAUGCUGGGCAAAUACGUAGGACCAAGGACCGAGCACCUUGAACUAAUUGCACCUGGCCUCAAGUACAAUACCGGCUUCGGCUUGAAGAUGGGGUUGGAAGUCGGUGCUGCUGUUGCAGGUUCGAUGAGUGGCAUGCAUUGUGAACUUGUCGACACCCGAGCCAAGAAACCUGAUGCUGUGAUCUGGGGCCACAAUUAUGGCAUUGUUGUGAACGAAAAUUCCAAGCGUUUCUAUGAUGAGGGCAAACGACACCUUUUUUCGACGUUCGAAAUGAUUGCUCUUGAGACUUGGCGAGACCAGAACCAGAAAUCUUAUUUCAUCACCGACAGUCCCAUCAUGGACCGCUUCCGACCAGGCUGGGUCUAUGACACCACCGACCAAGAGCCUGAGAAGAGCGACACCAUCGAGGGCUUGGCUGAAAAGCUGGGACUGGAUCCCAAAGAGUUGAAGAAGACUGUGGAUGAGUUCAACGCCGCCAUCAAUGACAAGGAAUUCAACUUGAUGUCGCUGGACGGCAAGAGGACCCACGGGCUCAACCCCGACAAGACCAACUGGGCCAAUCCCAUCAACAAGCCUCCCUACUACGGAUAUCCAAUGAAAGCACAACUCACCUUCACUUAUGGCGGGCUUAAGUGCGACCUUGAUUCGCGAGUGCUUGCCACAACAGGGGUCCCGAUCCCAGGGCUGUACUGUGCUGGGGAGUUGAGCGGCUUGUUCUAUAACGAGUGUAAGUUCUUCCAUCUACCUUCAGUCGGGUUUCCGGUCUAUCCGCCCGCAACGAGUGUACUCCGCUCGCUCACUUUUGGCCGGAUUGCUGGUCGCGACGCCGCUCAAGCUCUGUGA